AUGGAGAUUAAAAUUCCUUUGUUGGAGGCACUUGAACAAAUGCCUACCUAUGCCAAGUUCAUGAAUGACAUCAUUUCGAAGAGGCGUACCACCGACACUAACCCGAUUGUUCUAACUGAAACUUGUAGUGCUAUUUUGCAGGGUAUGAAGAUUCCGAUAAAGAAGAAGGAUCGAGGAACUGCCACUAUCCCGUGUACUAUUGGAGAUAGGUCAUUCAACAAGGCUCUUAUUGAUCUGGGAGCUACUGUGAGUCUCAUGUCGUUAUCCAUUUACAAGAAGCUUGGUAUAGGGGUUGUGCAAGAUACCAGGAUGACACUUCAAUUCACCGAUCAUUCGGUCAAGAAACCGUAUGGAAUUGUCGAAGAUGUUCUGGUGAAAAUUGAUAAGUUUGUAUUUCCGGUGAAUUUUGUAAUUCUUGAAAUGUCGGAAGAUGAAGAGAUCCUUCUCAUUCUAGGGAGACCCUUUUUGGAGACGGGACGAUGCAUGAUAAACAUAGAAUAA